AUGGUGAGGAUCUUUGACUUUCUCAACAGUUAUUUCGGGAAUGCUAUUCAGGGAGGUGCUGCAACUGCGACGCCAAACGACUUACUGAGCAAUGGACUCGGUUGGGCUGCCCAGCAACUGAACCAAAUGAUAGCUGCUAAAACUCUUGAAGAAGCCAAGAACAACUAUGAAAAUUGGCUAAAAUGCCCUCGAUUGUCGAUGAAGGGUGCAAGGACUAAUACGUUUGUCGUUGGUAGCUCGCCACAGUUCAACGUGUAUGUAAAUGACUUCGGAUGGGGAAAACCCGUGGUCGUGAGAGAUGGAUUGGCGAACAAAUUUGACGGAAAAUUUACGGCAUUUCCUGGUGUAGAAGAAGGGAGUGUAGACAUAGAUUCGACUCACCCCGGACGCAUUGCUAGCUAUGGAAAACGAUGUCGAAUUCAUGCAGCCGCUUCAACAGUCAAGCUCGAUCCAAGCCUCCAACUGUUCCUUGACGCGUCCGUUCAUCCUCCGCAAGGUACCUGCCGUGAAAUUGUAGUUAUCAAAUGUUCGGGUAUGCUGAGGCAAGAAACCCAGCAAUAUCGUCGAUGUCUGAAUUUUUGGCCUCUGAUAAUCGUGUAG